GGAACUUGAUACUUGAGUGUGUUGAAUUUUGAUGUAUGGAUCCCAAUCUCCGGUUGAAAAAAGGUUUCUUUCAAAGAAAAAUCGAGUUUUGAGGGGAAUGAUUGCUCGUUUCUUGAGAAAGAUGGCUGCUUGGUUUUAAUCUCUCUGUCUUUUAGAUGUUUGCGCUGCUGUAUCUUCCUUGGUCUUGCUCCUGCUUUUCCAUUUACUUAAUUUGAUCUCGGUGUUUCAGUUCAUUCAUUCAGGAUUUUAUGUGAACUUUCAAAAUUUCCCAUCUUUGCAUGGGGGUUUAGAUUUGGGGCAUCAAUUUUAGACGGGGUUUUUUUGAGUAUAUGCCCAUGAGAUCAUCUUUGUCGUCAGUCAUCAUCUAGGAUACCAUGUUUUUCCUUUUGUUCGCUGUGGAUGCAGUUAAAAAAAUGUAAAGAUUUCGGUUGCAGGUGAGUGUUGAGGCCGUUGGGCAUGAAAUACCUUUGGAGUUAGACCUUGGUUGGGGCAAGAGGAUUAGCUUUUGAUCUGAUCUUUUUAGGUGUGGUGUGAUUGACCAUGAUGCAGACUGCAAUUGCCUUCAAAAAUCAUGGAGGACUUGGCGAGAAUUAUGUCAGUCAGCCAUCCCAGGCUACUCUGAUGCCUUGGUGGAUUGGGUCUCAACCACUCUAUGGGGAACCUUUUGGCCAACUGAAGUCUUUCACCGAGGAACAUCCUCAUGGAGAGGGCCACUUACCAGCUGCUCCCCGACAAAUGCAUCAUGCUGUAAACCCAGGGCCAGGGCCGGCUGUCCCCGAGAAAGGGGGAGAUGGUAUGACUAAAUUCUUGCUAUUUCCAGACUUCAAGGACUCUGGAAAAGAGCAGAAGGCUCAGCAACAUUCUGGAAUCAUCUCUUUACAGUCAUGUUUGCCUGAACAUCAAGGUCAUUUUGAACUGGGAGUUGGUCAAUCUGUGGUUUGUUCCAAUUAUUCUUAUGUUGGUCAGAGCUAUAGCCUCUAUGCACCUUAUGGAGCUCAAGCAAUGCAGGGGCGCAUGCUUUUACCAUUGACUGCUGAUGGGCCGAUCUAUGUGAAUGCGAAGCAGUUUCAUGGUAUCCUACGGCGUAGACAGGCUCGUGCAAAGGCAGAGAGAGAGAACAAACUGAUCAAAGUCAGGAAGCCAUACCUGCAUGAGUCACGCCACCAACAUGCUAUGCGCCGGGCAAGGGGCUGCGGUGGUCGCUUUCUGAGCAUGAAAAGUGAAGGCACUGGACAAAGUGGUAAUAUCAAUACCAAAGUGAGAGAUGAGGUGCCAGCAGCUCGUCAUGCCACAUCUCCAAGUUCUGAAGUCCUGCAGUCUGAUAGCGGCAAUAUCAACUCAGCAAGUGGCGGCUCAAGCUUAUCAGGAUCGGAGGUUACGAGCAUGUAUGCUCGGGAGAAUGAUCACUUCCAGUUCAUUGAGCAUCUUCAUCCAUCUGUUUUCCACCCGCUGCCCAAUAUGAUGGAUGGAGAGCAUCCUACCAGGAUCCACACGAAAUGGGCCACAGCAGCUGAUGGCUGCUGUGACCUCCUUAAAGUCUGAUGAUGGUGUGGUGCUGGGGAGGGGUGUUUGUAAAUUGUAGUAUUUGCUUCUCUGAGCUGAAGAUAAGUACUUGGCUUGAGAGCGAUGCUGCAACAUGUUAAAUCCCCUCCAAAGCUUUCAACCAAAAUGGAAGAGCUGGCUACGCUGGUAUUCUGCUUGAUGAAGUCAAGUUCUGGUUCAGGGAUCAUCCCGGCCAUCAUUUGGUUGAUUUCUAAAGGCAAUUCAUCCUUGGCUUUUCGGGUCUUUUCUCAUCGCUCAGCAGUUCCUGGAACUCUGGCAGUCUUGGGACUGCUGUGAUGCUGAUUAGUCCUAUCUGUAAAAAAUGAUCUCAGCAGGUUUCAUCCCUGCUUGGUGAGAAAUGAGAAUAACAACCAAAACUCUGGAAUGGUUAUGUUUGUAAACAUGAUGUGGCUGGAUAAACGGUGCUUUUGGAGUGUGUUUGCUUAAGGUCUGGUAUGCAAGUUCUGAAUUCUGGACUUGGUAAUGUAUUGCUCUAUUUGUGUGGAAACUAGUUAUGUUGUCAGAU